AUGAUCGUCGACGCUACAUGGUUGUUUCACCCUCAUCUCCGGCUGAGCGUACGGAUAUGCGUCGACAACGAGCUAUCAAUGGAGUGCCGUCUGGAUACUGAGCCAGGGAUAUCCAUGGCCUCCACAGCCCCGAGACUCGAGACCGCCGCCAGCAGAGAGGCAACAAACAGGGCCCCUUCCAAGGAACCCACGCAGAUCAGGAACAGAAAGGCAAAAAAAAAAGCAGAAACGAGAAGAAGCAAAGAACAAGAGGCAAAGAAUCUCGCUUCUUCGUAUCUUCCCAUUCGAAUAUCAAAAUCCCAACCAGAGAUCGAAGUUUAA